GGGUUCUGGGUGUGGCUACAGUUGACGCCCUGCGCGAACGGAGGUCAGGUUAGCAAGUGGUCCAAUGUUUGUAAUAGGAUAUCGGCAGAAGCCCGUUUUGAAAGAUUUCACAUGAAAAACAUUUCAAAAUAUAUUUUUUAAAGAUAGAAAGCCACCUUGUAUCACAAGGUAACCGGUUAAUUAAUCUACCAGCUAGCUUCUAGCCAAAUAAGCCAGCUAUUAGGCUAAUGUUACAGCUGUUGUUAGCCAGCUAAUGUUAAACAUCAUCAGAUAAACACUGCAAAGUUGAUCAGCCAUACUUUAACAUUCAUCAACUACUAUAGCUUUUGGUAUUGCUAGUUAUCACUUUAAAGUCUCUUAAAGCAGUUAGCUCUCAGUAGGUGUUGGUUAUAAAGUCAAUCAGCCGUGAACUGUCAACUUGCUAGCAGCUAGCUAGCUAGUUGCGAUAUCGGAAACUAACAUCAUGAAGGUGGUGAUGUUCGCUGCAUAGGUUAGGAAAGCGAAGAACGCAAUGCAGUUUAUCAAGAAUAUCCUGGGAAGUUUGUGGAUUUUGUUACUUCUUCCCUCUGAAAUCAAAGGACAAUGCACCAAGCCCCCUGCCAGUGACAAUGCUGUUGUACACGAAGAUUAUAUAUUAAAGGACACUUUUGAAGAGGAGUCUACUAUUCGACUUCGGUGCUACCCCGGGUAUCAGCCUAGUUCUGGAUUAUCGAGGCUCACCUGUUCCAGUGGACAGUGGAGCCCAAGCCCAGAGAGUUUCAUCUGCCGAAAAAAGUCCUGUGGCAACCCUGGUGAGGUGACCAAUGGGGAGUAUCAGUUCCCAGACGGAAUUGAAUUUGGGGCCGAAAUCAUAGCUGUCUGCAACAUUGGGUUCCAAAUAAUUGGAGAAAAUAAAAGAACUUGCCAGGCAAAUGGAGAAUGGAAUGGCAGAGAGGCCGUUUGUGAAGCGGUGACGUGUCCACCUCCACCUCCUGUCACCAAUGGCGACCUAAAACUUCCUUCAGAAGAAUAUUAUAAUUUUGGCGAUGUGGUGCAGUAUAUGUGUAGCAAUGGCUACAGCCUUUUUGGGGAGAACAAUGUGCACUGUCUUGUACAUGGCAACUGGUCGGAAAAACCUCGUUGCACAAAGGUGGACUGCCCGAGGCCAGACAUCCCGAAUGCCAAACGUAUUGAGGGUCAUAGUGGGCCUUACACUUUAAGGAACAGACUCGUUUAUGAGUGUGUCAAGGGAUACAGGAUGAUGACUCCUAAUAACCAGAUGGUCUGUUUGGAGGAAGGAUGGUCUCAUAAACUGACAUGUGAAGAGGUGGAGUGUCCUCAGCCAGGUGCCUCCAAUGCAAUCAUCAUUGCGGGGGCGGGUGGCCCCUAUCGAUAUGGUUCCUUCGUCAGAUACGAGUGUCAGAUUGGGCACAGACUGGUCGGCAGUUCUCAGUUGGAAUGUGGAUCUGAUGGACAGUGGUCGUCCAACCCUCCCAUGUGUGAAGAGGUGAAGUGUCCUCAGCCACGUGUCACCAAUGCCACCAUCACUGAGGGGGCAGGCGGCUCUUAUGGGUACGGGACCGUCGUCAGGUACAAGUGCCCGGCUGAGCAGAAACUGGUCGGCAGCCCUCAGUUGAAAUGUGAAUCUAAUGGACAGUGGUCAUCCAACCCUCCCGUGUGUCUCAAAGUGGUGGAGUGUCCUCAGCCAGGUGCCUCCAAUGCAAUCAUCAUUGCGGGGGCGGGUGGCCCCUAUCGAUAUGGUUUUUUCGUCAGAUACGAGUGUCAGAUUGGGCACAGACUGGUCGGCAGUUCUCAGUUGGAAUGUGGAUCUGAUGGACAGUGGUCGUCCAACCCUCCCAUGUGUGAAGAGGUGAAGUGUCCUCAGCCACGUGUCACCAAUGCCACCAUCACUGAGGGGGCAGGCGGCUCUUAUGGGUACGGGACCGUCGUCGGGUACAAGUGCCCGGCUGAGCAGAAACUGGUCGGCAGCCCUCAGUUGAAAUGUGAAUCUAAUGGACAGUGGUCAUCCAACCCUCCCGUGUGUCUCAAAGCAGAAUCAACCCCACCGCCAUUCUUAAACCUAACAGCAGUUGUGUUACCUCCAGUGCUUUUUUUUGUUGCUGGUGGCCUCAUCUGGAUCUUCAUCAGGUAUAAGAAGAAAAAGAAGAACAGGAGCUCCCCUACACCGUCCCAUUCAGAAAGCGUACAGCUAAAGUCACUGAAUACCCCAGAAAACGGUGUCUAGUCAGACAGUGGGACUACUCCGACACCACUCAAAACAUGAUUCUUGAUCCCGGCCUGCAGCAUGUUACUGCAUAGAGCGUGUGUGUGUCUGUCUGUCUGUCUGUGUGUGUGUGGUUGCUGCAUCCCUCCUGUUCCAUGGAAAAAGCAAGAGGAACUGCCUUAAUUCAGAAGGUCAAUUUGUAGAAUUAAAAACUUUUUGUAACCAGAGCUUGUGGACACAUUGCUUUAAGCACUUUGAUGACCUACUGCACGUGAUUUGAACAACAAAUACUUACAAGACUCUUUAGCUGGUAGCUUCUCGACACAGACAUUCCUGCCUUUUGAAAACCUGAGGGGUAUACUACAAAGCAAGGUUACUGGCUUACCCAGGUAACUUCAGGAGUAACCACUGAUGUCCAAACAACACAUCACAACAACACAUCACUUUAGAAACAAUAGCUGCUCAUCACAGCAGUGUUUUUUUUAGAGAUCAGCGGUUACUAGUACCAACGUUACCCAGGUUGACCAGUUACCAUGCUUCAUAGUACAGCCCUCUGAACUUCUGUUUGUUGUUAAAUUUGUUGACGCCACUGAGGUUAAUGAAAGCCUCCCUUAUAAUAUAUAUAUAUAUAUAUAUGUCUUAUCAAAUUCUGCUCAGCUAAAGUGCCUGGUAGUGUAGCACUAUCCUCUUUCCUGAUAUGAGGGAAUGUUGAGCCAUACACUGGACUGUUUAUCAUGAAAUGGUGUGCCUUUUAUGUGUUCACACUGAACCUCAAGUGGAAACUAGUGAAUGUAUAUCACCCCCGAAUAUGAUUCAUCUAUUUAUAUGUCAGAAUUUUAAGUUUGGGUUUUUUGUUCAAUUGCCAAAUAAUGUAUUGUCUUGCCUAUAUGAUUUAAAAGACAUUGUUCUUCUUCAAACUUAAUGUGCAUUUGGAGUUAUCUGGAAUUAAAUGAAGUAAUAAUGGGGGUGUGUUUGCCUACAAAGCAAGUUGUCCAAUCUCUUUUCCAGUUCUUAAGUCACCAUGCUGUGUGCGCUUGUUGCACUGAGUGAAAUGUGUAACUAUUAAAACAUAAUCUUUAAUAUAA